AUGUCGGAGCCUCACACCAAGAAUGGCCGUUAUCUCCAUGACUUCGUGCUGGGCUUUGCGGAUGGGCUUACAGUCCCUUUUGCCCUGACCACCGGUUUCGCAGGUCUUGGUUCUCAACGAAUAGUCAUCAUCGCUGGAGUAGCUGAGCUACUGAGCGGUGCUAUAUCGAUGGGCUUGGGCGCGUAUCUGGCUGCACUCACCGAUCGACAAGUCUACCACAACGAACUGAGACGUGAGCAGAAGGAAGUCGAGCAAGUUCCGGUCCGCGAAAAGGAGGAGAUAUUUGACAUUCUCUGUUCGUAUGGCCCCGAAAGAGACGCAGUCAAGCCGUUUGUGGAUGCACUGUGCCGGGAUAAAGACGCCUGGAUUAAGUUCAUGAUGGACAUCGAGCUGAAGCUAGAAAAGCCCUUGCGGCGACAUGCUGUGUGGUCAGCCCUUGUCAUGGGUGUUGCAUAUGCCCUCGGCGGUCUCCUGCCCAUGCUGCCCUACUUUGCCAUGCGCGACGUACACAAGGCUCUGUUCAUUUCGAUCGGUAUUGCAAUAUUCGUCUUACUGGUGUUCGGGUUCCUCAAGAGCCGGCUGUUUGGCGGUACGGCGACACAAGCACUUAUGUCGGCGAUUUCGACGCUCGUCAUCGGAGCCGUUGCGGCCGCGGUCAGCUACGGCAUCGUACAAGGCAUAAAUUCCGCCUCGUGGUGA